AUGUCGGCAGAGUCGGUAUCGCCGUAUGAGAUGGCCAAACGCACCAGUGUAGAGGAGGUGGCUGCUGCUCCUGCCAUCUCGUCGACUCCGGCCGGUGCGUCAAGCUCCGACCAGAUCCCCGCAUAUCUUGCAUCCGAUAUUGUGCCGCCAUCUGCAAGCACAGGUAUUCUGAAUUCUUCCGGGAGUGCUACCGCCGAUGCGAGCAACUUUACGGCCACAGCAGCGACGUCGCGUCCAAGGGUUUCGCUGUCGUACGCUGCUGCGGAACGACCAAAUCGCGACCGAAGCGGCCACGCAUCCGUCGCCACAGAUGACCACGAUGAUGAUCUCGAAGAACCGAUGCGGGUUUCACAUUCACAAUCCAAGACAAGGUCGCAUCGUCGAUCGCAAUCGAUCAAACGGAGCUUCAGCCAGAGCAGGACGAGUUUCGAUGCGACAGUGACCAGAACAAGCGGAGCCAUCCGUCGAUCCCUCUCCAUAGGCAGACCAUCCCAGUCCGGACCCAUCGACCCGAUGCAGGAACCACGUCGAUCGAUCAGCAAGCGCCGCGACGAACUGCACUUGGCUGAGCGCGAUCCGCACAAAAACAGACACAACAAAGGAGAGCCGCACCGCAGAGCGAUACCUUUUGCGGCGCCAUAUGCAAGGUCGGGCGUCAUCAUCGAUCAAGCUGCUACUUUGCGAGAUUGGAUCGUUCCGGGACCGCUAACGUUUGGACAUGGUCAGUGGUGGUAUCUGGUGUGUGGACAGAGCUUUGUGGCAGCAGUCAUCUCGGGUGCUAUCAACUUUGCGGUAGCCGUAGCACUGUAUCGUUCGCAACCUACGAUCAACAUCUGGACCUUCAAUCGUCAAACGGUAGCAGGUGAUAUGGGUGUGACGGUGAUCAUUCAGCAAAUUGUCUCAUUCAUCAUCACGUCUUCCCUCACCCACCACGACUUGUACGCCGGACCCAUUGGACCGCUUCGACGACCUUGGCCACCCUUGCUGCAUCUGCCAUCGACACCAAAACCCGCAGGACACUGGCUCGGCACGCGUAUGCCGGAAGACGUGGAUCGCGAUGGCCAAGAGUGUAGGAUGGGUCGUUCCUCCGGCAAGUCCCGACUCAACGGUUGGUGGUGGUGGUUUGUCCGUGCGGUGCUUACCGGCUCGGAGCGAAACGAUCUGCUGGCCGUGGGCAUCUCGUGGCGACAACGACUGGAGCGAUUGCUCUGGACGGCGGUGCAAGGAUUCUUCCUCUGCUGUCUCACGUUCUGGUGGUACUGGCCUCUGGCCAUUGCCAUCGUAGCACCGAUUUACGAGCAUCGCGAACUGGCACACACGUGGAUCCCGAUGAUCAUCAAAUUGCUGUACGGUGCAAUUCUGUCGCUGCUGACAAAUCCGAUCAUAGCAUUGAUGGCGAUGGGUGCUGAGUCAUCGGUGAGGAGAUGCUAUCCCGAGCUGGAGAUCUGGCAGCCGUUUGGAGGAAAGGAGGAUUUUGAACAGUGGAAGGUCGAACAUGGUGUCGAGGACGCUGCUGAGUUGGGAGAGGUUGGUGUCGGAGGUGUGCCAGAUACACGAGAUACUAUGGGGAAUACUCCAUCAGGCAGUUCACCCGAUGACCAGUCUGCAGCACCGGUAGCGUCUGAAAAGGUGGCCAACUAUCGGUCUGCCAAUCUGCUCGAAAGGAGGAUCACGGAAGAGCCGAGCGCAGUUGUGACUCGCGAGCGUGUUUCCAAUGAGAAGGCGUGA